AUGUUCCAGGAUAAGGGCGUCUUCAUUGUUAAAUGCAUGCCGAUCAAUUACGCCACCAUCAACACGUUCGACGCGCCAACACCAGCACCAGUAGUGGUAGCAAGUGAGGAGGAUCAGGCUACGUCCGAAAAGUUCCGCAGGGUCCUCAGGAAGGUCCCCUUCCCAGUCGUCGUCGUAUCAACAUGCUCGCCUGAAGACCCCACCCUCCGCCGCGGAAUCACAGUUUCGUCCUUUUCCUCCAUCUCGCUCCAACCAAUCCCCCUGGUCUCCUUCUGUGUCAAAUUACCGUCAAGGGCGUCUACGGUCCUGCAUGAAUCCGAUCAAUUUGUGAUCCAGUUCUUGUCCUCGGAGCAGAUUGCGCAUUCGGUUGCUUUUUCGUCUUCGGUUGCUCCUCCACCGGGUGUGAGCAAGGUGCUACCUGGAACUGGACCAGGAUCGGAAACAGGGGCAGGAGCAGGAGCAGGAAUAGGAACAGGAACAGGAAAGAGAAAGAGGCCGGAGGACAAGGACAUUGAGGACUUGGUCGCCGAGGCUAGUCGCCAGACCUUGCUUCCCUCUUCUUCCACCAGCAACAACAACAGCAAUUCCACUCCUACCACCACAUCAACAGCAACAACAUCAACAACCCCAGGACAAGAGCCAGACCCAUUUGAGGUGCUAGGAUACACUACAGACCUAGAAUCGAACCUCCCAGUGCUCAAAAACACACUGGGCGCGAUCCGGUGUCGGACCCACCAGGUGAUGGUUAUAGGAGAUCAUGAAAUGUGGAUCGGACAUGUGGAGAAGGUGCUUCAUGGACAGAUCCCGGACGAGAUGGAGCCGUUGUUGUAUCACGAUCGGUCAUAUCCGCGCGAAGCGGCGGGUCUAGUUAUGAUUACUAUGAUUACUAACGAUACAAUGACACGCUUAUAUCUUGUGCUUGUUGUGAUGGCAUUGGUGGCCGUUGUUAACGCCGCUACGACCUACAACUACCAUUUCUGCUCCGAUUCGCCCUGCAACAAAUACAGGGGACAGGGCCCUACCUACGCUUGCGGCAACAAGAAUGGGUAUAAAUACUAUAUCGCCCCCGGCACUGGUGAUGCGUACACCUCCCAGAAGUGGAGAAGCACCGUUGCCAUGAAUGAUGGGUUCGAGAGAUGCUGCCUCAAGGGACGCAAGUACGCCUGCAGCAACAUGAAGGCGGGUGGUGUAAACUGGCAGUUCGUCCAGUCUUGGAUCUCUACUGGCGGCGAGAUUGCAUCCACUGCCGGCUCGUUCGCGGGAAAAUAG